GCACUUGAGUCAACGCUACACGGAAGACGCGUAGACACUACUUAUUUAAAUACUUUUAUUCAUCGUUCGACUUCAGUUUCAAUAGUCGUACAGCUAUAUUAUUAAAAUUACUCGAUUGAAUUUUAAUUAUUGUUUAAAAAUACAAUAAUACUCUUAAGUAUGCAUUUCAAGAGCGCCCUUAUUGUCUGCGCGGUGUAUUACCUAACGUCGGCAUGGAGCAUCGGACUGAACAGUGAUCAAUUACAACUGCUGAAUAAACAGUUUGAAAAUUACAAAAAGGCUAAAAACGGAAUUAGCGAGGAACAAAUCGCACAGUUCGUUUACGAAACCUUUGGAAUGAAAUGGGAUGAUCCUUCAAUUAUUUAUGGAUACGAUUCAGAUGAGUACGAUUCUACUAAUUUAUUUUACUUACUGAGGGCUUUGGCAGAACAUGACAACAAGAGCUCCGACAAAUUCAAGGGUAAUAGACUUACGCCUUUUGAAGUAGACUUUUUCCUGGAGGAGUUCGUUACGUGCAUCGGAUCUUAUGAGCAACCGAGAUAUCUUGCACUUCAAGAGCUAUCGAAAGCAUUCCAAUAUUGGAAAACGAUGAAUGAUGCAUUGAACGCAAAACUAGAAAAACUUAAAUCCGAAAAAGGCGACGACUAUGUUUUGCAUGCAGGGGAAUUCUUGUUGAUCAUGUUGGAAAUCAAACCAGUAGGUCGUGGUUUAACAAUAGCACAAAUAGAAAUGUUUGAUACUUUAUACGAAGCACAUAAGACAUCCGGUAGCGUGGAUCGUGUAGCAUGUGAAAAAGUGUUCGAAGAGCUUGGUAUAACCGUAAAUGACGAAUUGGAACUGCUAUUUAACUCCCAGCGACCCGCUGGAAUAUUGUUGAUGGAUUUAAUCAUCCUAGCGGCAGAACGUAAUACGGCGGUUGAGGAAAAUGAAUUGAGUGUAUUAAGUCUAUGCGAGGUCAUAUCUGCCAUAAACGAAUUCCAAAUGCUCGAUGGUAACACCAAUGGUGUACUAUCCCCUAAUGAGUAUGCCAGCUUUGUGGAUGAGUCAAGCCCUUUUUUGAUAGAGUCGGAAGAACCUGUCAAAAAUCUGAAAAAUUAUUUAAAGAAAUUCGAUGGUGUUAAUGUUAUAAACGUUGCGGAAUACAUGGAAGUUGUAUUUUUCAUUGAUAAACAUACCGAAGACUGUCCCUAUUCCACUAAAUUUUAGCACCGUGUAAGAUAAAUUUCACUAACUUUAGCUAUUGUUAUCGGACAUGUUCAUUAACCAUAAUGAUACAAAUAACAUUUUGAAAAUUUUAAUGUAUUUAUAAAUAUAAAUAUUAUGCUCUCAGUGACUAAUAAAAAAAAAAACAUUAUCUUUUUUGUGUUAACAAAUAAUUAAAAACAAAAAAAUGCAGUGAUUAAA